AUGGAGAAGUCCAGGAGGAUGGUGGCCAGUGUCCUGCUGUGUGUGCUGUCCGUGGGGCUGUGCCUGGCCCAGCACUGGUCCUACGGCCUCCAGCCCGGGGGCAAGAGGAGCGCCCAGGUCCUGCUGGGACCAUUCCAGGAGAUUGCAAAUGAAAUGGAAAAAUUAGAGGAGGUGCAGCAGAGUGCGUGCCCAGGCUCGUACCAGAAUUCCAGGAGUGGGGAUCUGAAGGAAGCCAUGGAGAGGCUGGUGGAGGGAGAAGGCAGAAGAAAGAAGGUUUAAAAAUUCCAAAGUGAAAUGGAGC